GGCAGAUGCAUUUUCUCACUGUAUACUGUCUCCAUUUGGGGAAUUUUAACCUUUUAGGGGUCAGGAACAGACACCACCUCACCCUCUGUCUUCUCAACCACCUCUGUGCUGAAUUCAGGGUAAAUGCCCACAGGAUGCUUGACGGCUGGAGUGUGAGAGAAUAAACACUCCUGUAGGCUGCGCAGUUCGGUGUGGGUGAGGAAAAAAAAUCGAUGUUGCAAAUCUCUUAAUUCAUGACUGAAGCCAUUCUCCUGGCCCAAGCAGCGAAGAAGGAUGCAGAGACAGAAAUGGAUAGCAAGUGAAUUGCACGCAACUGUUGGAAGCGUGGUGCUCUCGGAAGAGUUAGAGCAACUGUCAAAGUCCCCCGAUGUGUCCAUUUUUAUCAGUUCUGACGGUGAUGCCCUGCCAUUAGAGAUUCAGGUCUCAUCUGAGCUCAUCUGAAUAACGCUGGCGAUUGGGAGGGGAGAGAGAGAUGAGGCAUUGAGAGGCAGCCCUGGAUCCGACUCUAUAAAUUUGAAGGAGGUAGGGGCAGGACAGCCUGGCCUUCUCUGCUUGCCCAGCGCAAGGCAGGGCAGAAGGAAGUGAGAGGCACUGGAGUGGACGGCGUUUGUCUACACCCCGAGUGAUCAUGAGAGGGACCACGCAAGUCCUCAUCGUGUUCCUCCUAGCAACCGUGUCCCACUGUGCCGUGAUCACAGGGGCCUGUGAGCGAGAUGUCCAGUGUGGAGCGGGCACCUGCUGUGCCAUCAGUCUGUGGCUGCGUGGGCUGCGGCUGUGCACCCCACUGGGUCGGGAAGGAGAGGAGUGCCACCCAGGAAGCCACAAGGUCCCCUUCUUUAGGAAACGCCAGCACCACACCUGCCCCUGCUCACCCAGCCUGCUGUGCUCCAGGUUCCCGGACAGCAGGUACCGCUGCUCCCGGGACCUGAAGAACGUCAACUUUUAGUGUGUCUGGGCUCAGGAUCCCUCCUGGGUGGCCUCUUCUGCAUCACUUCUGUGUGAUUUAGUUCCCUGAGAUUGCUCCACUCCCCACCCUGUCCAUUGCACACGUGUGAGCAGAUGGGCACACCUUCCACUGUGGAAUGCCCACGGGUGUGUGCAGAGGAGGCUACGGCCUUGAGAAGUUGACCAGCCCUGCCCAGACUGCCUCAAGUUGUGACGUUGCGUUUCUCCCAGUUGUCUCCCCUUCCUGCAUGUGCCCUUCUUCCUAAAUCACACCUUCCUGGCCACUGGCCCUCGGGUGCAUCACUAAAUCACAGGUCCUGUGGAGAGAAGGACCAACAGGAGCAUUCAUUUCCUUGACUGACUAGCUCCUUAUUUUAGGACCGUAGGUACAAAUUCAGCUUUUCUCCGGGCACCACUCGAAAGCAAGAGGAUUUCAGGGUCUCUUUGAAUUGGGGGUGGGAGGCAGCUCAGAGGGCCUUGGCUAUGUGUGUAUGGGGUCUUCUGGGAAGGGCUGGGAGUGUGGGGAAGCUCUGCUGAGGGGACAGCAUGGGCCUACUUCAACUCUCAGAGCUGAAAUUCAGCCCCUUUGGGUUUAUGUCAAAUAUUUGACCCCAGCAGGCCACAUGUGCCCAGUGAUAGGUAAUUUGCAUCAGUGAGGGAGCUGGCAAGGCCUUGAGCAUUGAGUCUGAACCCAGGCCUGGGAGCUUUCUCUACAGGCAGGUAUAGCCAACUCUUCCCACCUCCAUUCUUAUUCUAGGUACAGGGUGUCCAACAACACUGUGAUGAAAUGUUGCCGUCUACCAAGUUCAGAAUGGGGCAAUCAAGUUGCAACAACAAAAUCUCCUUUUAAGGAAGCUCACAAUUUUGUCUUGGCCACAUUCACAGCUAUCCACAAACAAACAAAACAGAACAAAACCAAACAACAACAAACAAACAAACAAACAAAUAAAAAACACCCUCCCGGGCCCACCAGGCUGGGCCUUGAACAGCGCAGGGACCGUUCUGUGCUUUUGCCCCUGCUCUGCUGACCUGUGCCACCUUUCCUGCGUGCAGCCCACAAUCUCUAUCCCUCUGGGCUCCAGGCCCAAGUCCAAGCUGUAAAGUUCCUUUCCAAGUCAACGGUCCCAUGAUCCUCCUCGUCUGACGGGCUCCACUCACUGCCCUUGGGUAUUGACCUCCAGCUUGUGUCCCUCCCUGCUCACAGAGCAGCCCCGAGUGCAGUGGGCAGCAGCCAGUGCCUGAUGCCCCAGGAACAAGACACGGGGGUGCCCUGUGGCGCUCCCUUGCACAUCGCCCUGUUGCCCUUCCAUCCUGGCCUCAGAGCAGGCCACCGGCAGACCCACAGGGUGAAUCAACAAUUUAACAUGACCGCACUCAUUUUCAUUUUUAAUGUUGUAAUUUUGAGGAAUGAGUGAUGAGCCUCUGCCUCAGUUCUCUGCUGUUGCCAAAGAUAGAUGGAUAAACAGCGGAGAGGUUGGAAGGCUUAGGGAAAUGUAUCCUUUACAUUCAGCAAUAUGCUCUUCAGAAAUAUGGCUAUAAAAAACUCCCUAUAGAGAGAGUAUGCCCCUAAGACGAAUGUUUUCAAGGAGAAUAAGGUCAGGUGAAGUUGACAGACACCCUUUCAAGAUCCAUCCACAACUUCAGUGACAGGCCCAACUCUUUCAUCCUCAACCAUUGGUGUCUGGCGCCCUCUCGUGGACCAAGUGGAAGUAGCAAGGAGCGUGAAGGCGAAAAGAGGACGGGGGCUUCGGGCAGGUAGGAGUAGUUCUUCCGGCAUACCCUGCUUUGGAGUCCACUGGAGGUCCAGAACAACGUGGCCUUAUAAAGAAGCCUGCCACCGGGAGAACCACCAGAACCACUCUUUAUUAGCACUCGGACCCCGCCCCACUUUGAAGUGGCCCGGGAAGCCGCUGGCCCUUCCUGUUUAGGGCAGGUGCUGUGAUUUCCCUGAUCUCAGGUUCUCUAGAAUGAGAGAGCAGAUGUGGCUAAGUUCGCCCUUCCCCCGUCUGUGAAUCCCCCGGAUGUAGCAGGGUCAGCAGAGCCGCCUCGGAGGCUCCUUCAGCACGUGGGCUCCUCCUCAUCGCUGUUCCUCGGUCAGCUGCUGUUCUCAUCACCCCAAGUCUCUAGGUAGCCAGGGCCUAGAGAUCCCGGCGCUCCAGGACGGAAGGGCCAGACACAGAAGGGCAGAGGCCAGAACGGAGACUGUGCAGGGACAUGUGCCGCCAGGUCUGGUGCCAGGGCCUCCUCUGUCUGCUGUUCGGCUUCGAUCCUCUCUCAGUGUGGUCCUUGUUAGCAUCCCGAGUGAGGUCGGGUAAACACCGGUUAGCUGUAGUUCCAGGCAGUUAUCACCAGCCGAUGAAGGGGUUCCUGAAGGCAGCGACUAGAGGCGAGACCCAGGGAGGGGUAAGAGGUUCCUGAAGCUGAAGAGAAAGAUCGUCUAGGGGAGGGAGGCUGCAGGGCUCGACAGUGGCUCAGAGCUGAGCCUGCAGAGUGGAGCCAAAUCACCCACCCGAAUCAGCUCUCAGA